CUGGCAGUUCCGCGAACUCCUCUUUCACUUACCAGCCUCCGGUUUCAUUUCACCUGCUAGUGCAGCUGCGGACCGGAUCGGGGCUAGUGAGCGGCGAGAAUUCAAAUUAGUAAAAAAAAAGAAAAGACCUGUCCAGUUCUCGCAUCGUUUCCUUCGGUUUAUCCGAGCCAAAACUGCCGCCGCUUUACCAAAUUAGAAAAACAAAAAGGAGGGAUUGUUUCCGAGUUGUGUUUUCAGUUUCGAGAAAGAGAAAGAGUUUAGCUGAAGAUAACUCCGUGAUAAAGCAACCAUUGGCUUUUAUCAGGAUGCGUUCGCCGGUCUGCAGUUCUUAUGCAGUUCUUGCCAUUGGGGCGAUUAUAGCUGCAGUUCUUCAACUAGGAUGUAGUUCCGAUAAGGUGACUGCUCUGUAUGGAGAAACAAUUGAGGUGCCAUGCAGUAUAGCUUCUCCCAAACCAAAGGACUUAAUGUUUGUGAAAUGGAAAUUUGAAACGCAGGAUGCAGGUGAAGGGGACCUGCUGACCAAACAGGAGCAGAAGGACGGCGUUAAAAUUCUGGCUAAGGAUGAGUACAAGGAUCGAGUGAAUGUUACGGAGAACUUCAGCCUGCGCAUUACCAAGGCCACCUUGCAGGAUGAGAAGACUUUCACCUGCUUGGUGGUUACCAUGAAUGACGCUAAAGAGCACUCCACCUCUGUCCGGGUUUACAAGUUGCCCUCCAAACCGCAGAUCAAAGAAAAAGCCAAGCAACUGGAAAAUGGAAAACUUACCUUGGUGGGCGACUGUGUCACAGAAGCUGGUAAUCCUGCAGGGAACAUCACGUGGUCAAAGAACGGGAGCCCUCUGGUCUCGGAUGGAAAGUUAAUUGUCAUCACAAACGACGUGACCGUAGAUCCCACGACAGGACUGUCCAGCACUUCCUCCAAGCUGAAAUACACAGCUUCAAAAAGCGAUGUGGGAGCCCAGUUCACCUGCUCAGUACAGCACUCUCUGGGGCCUGAUCAAGUGUCCAGUGCCGAGACCUUCGUCAUUCACUAUCCCUCGGAGAAGGUCAACAUUGAAGUGCUGAGUAAAGGUCCGUUCAAGGAGGGGGACAAUGUGACCUUGAAGUGCUCUGCUGAUGGAAACCCCCCUCCUAGCAGUUACAGCUUCUACGUUAAGGGCAAGAAAGAAACCGUGCAGAAUUCGAACACGUACACUGUGACCAGCGUGAGGCGAGAUGACAGCGGAGAGUACAAAUGCUCUCUCGUUGACGACGACAAACUUCUGGAUUCGGCCAACAUCACUGUGCACUACAUGGAUGCAAGCCUGAGCCCUACAGGGAAGAUCACCAGAAUGCUUGGUGAAAGUGUAAAUGUGACACUGGUGAAACAAUCCUCUACAGAGGUGAAAGUUUCUUGGAUGAAGGACAGCGUCAAGAUUGCUGAACCCAAGCUGAACAGCCUGAAGAUCCAGGACGCUGGCUCCUACGUCUGUGAAGUUUCUGCUCCUAGUCUGCAAGGAGUGAAGAAGACUUUUACUUUUGACCUCACUGUUGAAGCGAAACCAUACAUCUAUAAGCUAAACAAACUUGUGGCCAAAGAUGGCCAGCAGAAGGUCUUGACAUGUGAAGCUGAAGGUUCUCCUAAACCUACUGUCCGAUGGAAUGUCAAUGCCACCUCUGAGAAUGAGAGGUAUGUCAAUGGGAGAAUCGUCCACACUAUCACCAUGUUCCCACUGGGAAACGUCACUGUCACCUGUACAGUGUCAAACAAGCUGGGAAAAGACGAGCGGUCCAUCAACGUCUCUUCCUUAAUUAAUGAUGAUGAGGAAGAAAAAUCAGACAUGUCAGAAGACACAAACGACCAGGCCAAGCUGAUUGUGGGCAUCGUGGUGGGGCUGAUUCUGGCAGCUCUUGUUGUUGGGCUGGUCUACUGGCUUUACAUGAAGAAAUCAAAGCAAGGAAGCUGGAAGACGGGAGAGAAAGAAGCUGGAACUUCAGAGGAAAGCAAGAAGCUAGAAGAGAACAAUCACAAGGUGGAAGUGUAAAGACACAGGAGUGAUCAGGAAGGGAAGGAGCAGUGAGAUGCCUUUCACAUUGGACUUGCUGUCUGACAAAAACUUAUCAGAAAGCCAUUUGAUUGGACAUUGAGACCAUCCUUCAAGCUUCUAAUGCACAGCACAUUCAAAAGGAAAAAAGGAAUUUUAAAAAGAAGCCAGAUAUGUACAGCAUUAGCUUAAGUACUUUACCAUCGCCUUUUAAGAAAAGACAAAUUCACUAAAAUUGUUGUAUAUUGUUUUCUUCAAGUCUGCACUGAAGACUUUUUCUUGUGUUCCUGGUGAAUGCUUUUGUUUUAUACACUGUGUUGGUUCAGUGGGUUUCUCCUUUUUGUUCAUUUGUUUUUAGUACAAAAUGUAAAUUCUCUGUACACUAUUUAGGCCUAUAGUAUAUGUAUUUGAAUUUCAUGGGCAUGUAGAAGGACUCUGCUGCCACAAAACCUCAAGUUAAUUGUUUGCCAAUUUUCAGAUGAGUUAAUGCACAUUGUUUCUUAACUUUUGGGGUGUUUUGGGCUGACAUACCAUGUAUAUUUUGAUGGAGAGUGAAGACUUCACUGCUGUUUCCACGUAUGUUCCUGUACUGUUAAAGUCUGUAUUAAGUCUUUGUCCUCAUAUUUAUUUUAAUUGUUUUUUGUAAUUCUAGGAUUCCCUUGAAAUUUUUCUUCACCUUACACAAGAAAAUUGUUAGAAGCUGCCCAGUUCUUUUUAUUCUUAAAAGCAUAAGCGCUUUAGUCAACUCAAGUGCAGACAAUGGGAUUGUUUUACUCGUGAAGAAUCUUAAACUGAGACCUCGGCCCCUUUCUUUAUUUUAUGGCAUUUCUAUGUACUUUAAAGGCUAUGAUUGUUUAUGGUAUGGCUGCGCUUGCAUUGUCACAGAUGAUUAGAGGUUGUGCUAGGUGUUUCAUAGAUUACACUAUUUAACGACUGAUGCAAAAUGUUCUGUGUGGAAUCGUGGAAGGACUUGAUUUGUUAAACAGCUGCUGAUAGCAUUUACUGUACAAGGCUGUUACCCUUUUCCUGCCCUUCGUUCUGCUAAAAAAACAAGUUUCUAUAGCUCUCGUUAUGGACUUCUGUAUCACUACAAUAUACAAUAAUCGUUGAUAUAUUUUAUUAUUGUUUUAGUAAUAUUUCAUCACCAUUCAGAAAGCAUGAUGUAAACGGUUAAGUGUUCGUACUUUCUCAGCCCCUUCCCCUACACAAUGAUAUGUAGGUUAGAUUUGAGUGGGGGGACAAAACAAGGCAGUACUCAUAUUCCAAACAUUACUAUGUGCGUCUACAUAGUUGAAAGAACUCCACAGUCAUGACACUGGAUUUGGAUGCUUAGCUUGUGUUUUUGGCAGUACUAUAUUUAUACUUAAAGGAAUAUUUGAGUCUAGUGGUGCUUCAACUUUAAAGUUUUGGAACUGCUUUCAUUUUGGCCCUUAAAAUUCAACACUUUGGCUCUUCAAAAUGGUACCAUAAAAUGGAAGAAAGGGUUAGUUUGAAAUGGAACAUGUUAGAAAACGCAGUUUUAAGUUACUGUUUCCAAGUUACUGUUCUGAAAUGUUUUUAGUCAAAAGCUAGCUGUUGGUACUGGAGUUUUUUCUUUCAUGCAUUUUUUUAUUUGGUAAGUUUUAUUUUAAAACAUCCGUUCAGGUCAGCAGUGAAACCAAAGAGGGUGAAAAAUGAGAAGGCCAUACAAGUAUUGUAAAUAUGACUUUUGUUUUUUUUGUACUUUUGUUUAAAAUAAAGUGUACAUUUUGAAGAAAAAGAAUAAACUCCAGAAAAAAACAGUACUUGGGUUCUUUGAGGAAUUUUGCCUGUGUGUUUUUGUAAACUACUUCUGCACCAAGGAUGUGCCAAAUUUGGAUGUUUAGUUUAAAUCCUUUCCUGACUGACAUGUAUUGCUUUGAAGAGGGGUGUACAUUUCAAUCCCACAACAUGCAGGUGUCACCUCCAGACCCUGUGUACUUCAAAAUAAGGUUACAUUUAUUCAUAUUGGCCAUUGUCGACCGAGUUUAUUCCACCUCAGUUCGGCUCCAGGGCAAAGAAGGAAGCAUUGAAAAGUUUCAAUACAAAGAGAGCAAGAUAAUAGACAUCACUGGAAGCAUUUUGCUAACUCAAUAUGUAUAGUCAGUGGCAGAACAGAGCACUAUUCAAUUCUGAGUGUUACAUUUUCUAAGAUAAAACUGCCUCAAUGGGUACUGUACUAAUCUGCCACUGAUAUGAAAAAAACUUCAGUGAAGUAUUACUGUUUUCAAAUACCUACACCUAUUUUUAUGCAGCUCUCAUUGCUGCAUAGAGUGCCAAGUUUUUUUUCAGAAUUGGAGUAAUGUGUGAGAAACAUACAAAAAGAAUUCAAAAGGAGGACUACUCCAUGUGAGGUCUUGUGCACAAGAAUGUGCUUGGUCUAAAACAUUUCAAAUGCAUUGUUCAGAUAGAACAUAACCUAACAUACAGCUAUUUUUGUUAGCAUCUCUCCAUUACAAUGAUAUUUCUGUUCAUAAAAUGGAAAAGGCAAAAUGCCAACAUUUCCCAAUUCAGAACUAAAACAAAUGGGAGAUUACUAUACUUUCUCUGCUUUUAGUAGAAUGACCUCAUUUGUUUUGGGAUUUUGUGUUGCCAAAGUGGCUCACAUUAAUGACAACUGGUUUCCUGUACUCCCUGUUGAGCAAAGGUAAAACUGUUUUUCCAGCAAAAGAUAUUUCUUUUACCAGUGAGGCAGAGGGAUCUAUUUUUCCAUUGACCAUGAAGCAGGAAGACUGCAAAUGCCACCACCCUCCAACUCAUUAAACUGUUCCAGAAGAACCCCAGUAUUUUUUAAAAUAUUUGUCCCUGAAAGAUAUGAUCCUUGGAAAGCAAGGACAUUCCACAAUCCCACAAGGCCCGUCUUUUGUCUGGAAUAGGAACUUUUCACGAAAAAGCCUCCAAGCCUACCACAACAAAACUACUGGUCUUCACUCUAGAAUACAAGUUUCCCUAAAUUGUAAAUUAACAGCUCAGUUCUUCAUCCAGAAAAUGAAAGACCCCCACGCACACGUUUUGGAUGUUAAUACUGUUUUUAUAAAACAUUUUCACAAGAACAGAUUAAAGGUUACUGAACUGUUGAAAAAUGGAAAAAUAUCUAGAGAAUGCUGUAAUAAAAUAUAAAUUAAUUGCACACAUCACUGUUUUACAUGUUAGACAAGGCAUUUUUUUGACAAAUACUUUCUCCUUUAAAAAAAAAA